AUGGCCUUGCUAACGACAGUCCGUGACAGUUGCUUUUACUUUCCACAGAAAACAGCCUCAAGACAUGUGUUCUUAGCGUGUGUGACUGCCCUACUGCAGCGCAGCGAUCCGACUUUUUUUUGCGAACAGUCGACGAGCAUGCAACCUGAAGCUGAUUCCGCGUGGCAACCCGAUGCUGGUACUGUUUCGCUGCUCACGCGAGUGAAGGAUCUAAGGGUCGCUAUUGCGCCGGUACUGUGGAAGUCUGCGGAAGCGCACGAGCAUCGCCACCACCCAUCCGCCUGUUGUGGGCCAGUGGAACGGAAUCUGCUCCAAUACACGGCGCGUCCCGCACCUCCACCCUUCCCCGACUUGGCUCCUUCGCUUCUUUGGCCGAGGGCGCGUCUGCGAACCAAAAAGAUUGCGGGACGCAGUUACACGACCCCGGACUGCAGACACUUUGCCAAGAUGGUGUGCAAGCUGGGUAUUAACGGUUUUGGCCGUAUUGGCCGUCUGGUGUUCCGUGCUGCGAUGGAACGCGGCGACGUGGAGGUUUUGGCGAUCAACGACCCGUUCAUGUCCCUGGACUACAUGGUGUACCUUCUGAGAUACGACUCGGUCCACGGCCACUACCCCGGCGAAGUCAGCCACAAGGACGGCAAGCUCAUUGUCGGCGGAAAGGCCGUGACUGUCUUCAACGAGAAGGAGCCAACUGCCAUCCCUUGGGGCCAGGCUGGCGUCCACUACAUCUGCGAGUCCACCGGUAUUUUCCUCACCAAAGAGAAGGCUCAGGCUCACUUGACCAACGGCGCGAAGAAGGUCAUCAUGUCCGCCCCCCCCAAGGACGACACCCCGAUGUUCGUCAUGGGUGUCAACAAUGACCAGUACAAGUCCAGCGAUGUCAUUGUGUCGAACGCCUCUUGCACGACCAACUGCUUGGCUCCUCUCGCCAAAAUUGUCCACGAUAAGUUCGGCAUCGUUGAGGGUCUCAUGACCACCGUCCAUGCGAUGACGGCGAACCAGCUGACGGUUGAUGGACCCUCCAAGGGUGGCAAAGAUUGGCGCGCUGGCCGGUCGGCAGGCGUCAACAUCAUCCCUGCCUCCACUGGUGCCGCCAAGGCUGUGGGCAAGAUUAUUCCUUCCCUGAACGGCAAGCUGACCGGUAUGGCUUUCCGUGUGCCCGUCCCCGACGUGUCUGUGGUUGAUCUGACCUGCAAGCUGGCCAAGCCCGCGAAGUACGAGGACAUCGUGGCAGCUGUGAAGGAGGCUGCCACCUCCGGCCCCAUGAAGGGAAUCAUCAGCUACACCGACGAAGAGGUCGUCUCCUCUGACUUCGUCCACUGCAAGUUCUCCUCCGUGUUUGACAUCAACGCCGGCAUCAUGCUUAACGACACCUUCGUUAAGCUCGUGUCUUGGUACGACAACGAGUGGGGAUACUCCAACCGCCUUGUUGAGCUGGCUCACUACAUGUCCGUCCAGGACGGCGCGUAAGCGCAAUUUUGCUUGGGAUUCGAGGAUGAUUGCGAAACGGCUGCAAAAACAUCAACGUUUAAAACGCACUCAUGGCAUUUUUUGAUCGUUACCCUGCAAUUGAUUAGGGUCUCAACAUUGCUGUUUCGAGUCGAGUUCGUUAAUGUCCCUUUUUUUUUUACUCUAACGGACGGGUUUAGUACUCUGACGCGUCAGCAAGCUGCCUCGCCAAGUGCAGAUUACCCACUAGGUGUCCAUAAAUCAACGCAGAUAAUUUCGUAGAGAAAGACCUGGGAAAUUCUGUAAGCACACAUUUCGAGCAGCCGCACUCGAUGCUCGUUUACAUUCCUUCGAACGACCUGGUGUCACUCGCCGCGAUACUUCUAGGUGUUUUCUGUAACCGAAGUCUGCUGAAUGCCGAGGUUCAUUAGCAGGCGGUCCGUGGUGCCGCGGGGCUGAAAAAUGUAUCGGUGUCAAAGUGGUUACACUGUGGCACCCGGAUUGAGAGCGUUAGUUCGCUUGCUGACUGUAGCAUGAGCGUACACACGAAUGAAAGGUUGCCACCAAGGAAUGACACGGAGUGGCAUUUCCAGGUAGUUCCUGCUGCUAAGAGUGCUAGGAGGGUGCGUCGGAUCUAGGUAGCACUCGCACCACGGCUUUGACAAGCGUGACAGCAACUGAAGGCGGUGGGCUGUGGCACGAAAAAGUGAUUACGGCUGUCUCAAAGCUAGUGCCGGGCGUCCAGUACAACCGGAGAACGGACGCCGGUUGCGCGGAACAGAAAAGUGCAGCUCUGCUUAGUCUUCAUAGCAACCGCUUCGGACUAAUGAUACGACCGUUUAGUUUCAUGCCAUACUAUUCGUGCGAAACGCGAUCCGGAGCCAAAGCUGAUACGGAAUGUAUUUCUCACUCCUUUGGAUACCUGAUUGCAGAUUUCGCGAGUGUCAAAGUUGAGGUAGUACGGUGCGGACAGUUUUUGGAAUAUGAUGGGUUAUAAAAUUGUUGCGUUAAUGUCCUGCAUAACUGUCGCCAACCACUGCAGCAGGCAUAUUUUCCUACGAAGGCAUUUAUUCUUUCAGGACUCAAUCAUGGUUCCGUUACGUGUACGACGGGGGACUCUGAGUAGCAUUGGGUGGGAUCCAAGAUAAGGCUGUCUGCGUGGAGAUCACAUCAUCCUCACAUUCCACUCUCAUCCGAGCUGACAUCGGUAGGCUCCCUGUGUGAAUACCAAGCGGUGUUGGGAUGCAACCGUAUCGGGUACCAAUGAGUUCUUCGUGAAAGCCCUGCAGAUCUGGCGAUCGGUUGUCCAACGCACCGUCUUAAUCAGCGCACCGUAUUUGCUGUCUUGUGGUACGGCGCAAAUGCGUCAUUGCCCGACGGUUGCGUUCUAGCAUCAUAUAAAAGAACGAAGAAAAGCUACAACGCCGCGCCUCAUAGACUGGCUCUCACCCGCCUGCGAGGAAAAUGAAGUACUGAAGGGACUGUAAGCUCCCCCCUCUACAAGCGAUAUCCGCUUUUUGACUUUGUAGAUUCCGUCAGUUCGCGCAGAACAGUAUGGGGAGUCUUGUGGAGGGCGGUCUCCUCCCCUACAAUUCCGUAUAUUCGUUCCAUGCUUUUAACGUUGGGGCUCUGUGCUGGUGCACCGCAAUUUUGAUGACUCAUUUCUGUCUACCACCUGGGCGCCAUCGGCUGCACGGCCUAACAGACAAUUCCUGGAGCCGUACAAACUCGCGUACUGUGAAGGCUGCACUCUGGUAAACACGGCGAUGCUAGAAAGAAAAGUAUGC